CUAAAAUGGCGUCUCUCCUGGCUGAUGAUUUGUUCGAGGCGCGCGGACAAGCCCCGGCGCCUAGCAAAGACUUCUACCAAAUCGUCGUUACUAGGAAGGAGGUAAUUUUCAGGUGGUGGAAAAUUUCUCUUCGGAGUGAAUACCGUGAAGCAAAACCUGGAGAACUCAAAGAAUCUCAUGAAGAUUUCUUGGAUGAUCCCUCCCUCCAAAUUCAAAUAGCCAUUGUGUUUGGAGGAAGUACUCUGGAACAUAUCUUCAAUUUGUGCCGAGGUAAUUUUGAUUUCCUGGUGCGACUGCCUGAUACACUGCUUCUGUACAUCAUGUCUUAUUUGGAUCUCGAAGACAUCGCAAGACUUUCUCAAGUAUCACACAGAUUUAAAACGUUAUGCGACUCUGACAAACUAUGGGAAAUGAUUGUGCAAGAUUUAUUGGGCACGGUUACUCCAGAAAUGAAGUCACUGGCACAAGAAAUUGGGUGGAAGCAGUUCUUCUUUACUAACAAGCUUCAACUGCAAUUACAACUCCGAAGAAGGAGAGCUAAGUCAACUAUUUCAUCAGGAAGUCUGUCUGAUUAG